UCUGGUUGACGGUACGUGUGCUGGUUUCAGAGUGCUAAUAGAUGUUUGAUUUAAUAGGUAUAUUCUCACCUUUGUUUACACGUGUGAGACAGAUGAGAGUCAACUGGCGAACAUGUGUGUGUGUUUGAAUGAGAGCCAGGAAAAGGGGAAGGGCUUCGAGUGAGUGGACAAAAACAGCUACUCUUGUGUGUUCGGGAAGCCUCAGCCAGAGAGAGGGAAUCAGGAGAGAGACGGACCAGCACGGUCCAGAUCUCUAUAUGGGUUGUGCCCUGAGUGUAGAUAGCUGUGGGGAUGAACCAGAUCCAGUGCCCAUGAGAGGGUCUUUAAGGAGGGAGAGAGCUGAGUCCAGGGGAACCAUGAGGCUGACUAAGGCAUGCAAAGGCGAGUCCCACAUCUUCAAAGAAAAAACCUUCAAAAAGAAGCGGCAGUGUGGGGUGUGCAGACAGAGUGUCGAGAGUUUGGGCUCCUUCUGUCGAGUCUGCAAAACAGCCACUCAUAAGAAAUGCGAAUCCAAGAUCAACACAGCCUGCAUCACGGCGCAACCAUCCGAACUGCGGAGGGGAACAUCCUCCUCUAGACACAUUCAGCAUCUGGGCUCUACCAAGUCUCUGACCUACACCAAACAGAGAAACACUCUCCCAAGGAGCUUCAGUGUGGACCGGGUGAUGGACAGAGUAAUGGAGAGGAACUAUGAUUUUGACCUCACCUACAUCACAGAGCGGAUCAUUUCUGUGUUUUUUCCCCCUCUGCUGGAAGAGCAGCGGUACCGUCUCAACCUCAGAGAGGUGGCGGCGAUGCUCAAGUCCAAACACCAGGACAAGUUUUUGUUAUUCAAUCUAUCUGAGAGAAGACAUGACAUUACUCGAUUAAACCCAAAGGUUCAUGACUUCGGCUGGCCAGAUAUGCACGCUCCUCCUCUGGAUAAGAUCUGUGCCAUGUGCAAAGCCAUGGACAACUGGCUGAACUCUGACCCCCAGCACGUGGUUGUUCUGCACUGCAAGGGCAACAAGGGAAAGACAGGAGUUAUUAUUGCUGCCUACAUGCAUUACAGCAAAAUAUCAGCAGGAGCAGAUCAGGCCCUCAGCACAUUGGCCAUGAGGAAGUUUUGUGAAGAUAAAGUGUCCUCCUCUCUCCAACCCUCUCAGAAUAGGUAUAUCUAUUACUUUGGUGGUCUUCUCUCAGGGGCCAUUAAAAUGAACAGCAGUCCCCUCUUCCUCCAUCAGGUCCUCAUUCCUACCAUCCCCAACUUCCAGGAAGAUGGAGGUUUCUUCCCUUUCCUGAAGAUCUAUCAGGCCAUGCAGCUUGUCUACACUUCUGGAAUAUAUGAUUUGCAGGGUUCUGGGAGCAGAAGGCUGAUAGUCACUAUCGAGCCUGCGCUGCUGCUGAAAGGAGACAUCAUGGUAAAGUGUUAUCACAGAUGUGUUCAGGCUGCUGAGAGGGACUCUGUGUUUCGACUGCAGUUCCAUACCUGCACUAUUCAUGGAGCUCAGCUGUGGUUCGGCAAAGGGGAACUGGAUGAAGCCUGUUCAGAUGACAGAUUCCCCACUGAUGCCACAGUGGAGUUUGUGUUUUCGUCUGGACCAGAGAAGAUCAAAGGAAGAAUGAGCCAGAGGAAUGAUCCAGAUGUUAGUGUUGACUAUAACACAAAUGAUCCUGUGGUGCGCUGGGACUCUUAUGAGAACUUCAAUCAGAGAUAUCAGGACAGCUUAGAGGAUAUCGCACACACACGAGGACCACUUGAUGGCAGCCUGUACGCGCAGGUCAAAAAGCGUCGAGCUGCAGGCUCCACCUCCCUGUCCUCCACCAAUGGGAGUCCUGCAAGAAGCUCAGAUGAGAGACCUAGUCAGCUUCUGUCUGUCAGCACUGAUUCUGGACACUCAUCUGUCCCACCUGACCGCCUCGAUGAACCAACACGACCAUCCCCGCCAACUCAGCAAGAAAAGGAGGACCUUGAGCAGCUCCUUGGUGGAAUUGAAGGUGACGGAAGAGUUAGAGAUCGUGACCGAGAGACGGCCAUUUUGGACGAUGGCGACUCCUUGCCUCCUGAACGGACUGGGCCACUGAGGUUAGGCCGUUCAUGUUCAUGUCGGGUGGGCUACCGAUCCCAACGUUGUGUCGAACCUGGGUGCGAUGGACUCCAUCACUUAUCCAAUGGCUAUUGCCUUGAUCGACCUCUUAACGGACACACUGGAGCUCCCUCUCCUGGUAUGACUUCAGUCAUUGGGCUUUGUCAACACCACAGUGUCAAUCCUCACCAGUCUCUGCCACCUCCGGACCUGCUGUGGGACCGCCAACAAGGCCCACAGCACUACCUUCACCGCACUUGCUCAGAGGGGCCAUCACGUCACUUGUGCCCAUAUCCUUCCCAAGACAUCAGCCCCCAUCCACAUAGUCUGUCUUCAACUGGGCGACUACUCUGUAGGGAUGAAUACAUUCCAUAUCCCCACCAUCACCUCAACCAUCCACACCCCCCGAAACCCUCUGGCCCUUACCAUGACGUCAUGAUGCUAGACGGCCUAGUGACGACUGGCUGCCCGUGUCGGGAUUGCUGCAUGCGGCGAGAAGAUUUUCAUACCCUCCGUUUGGACCGAGAAGACGGACUACACUGGGAGCGAGAAGCGGAGCUUCACCGGGAUACUGGGUUGAGGCGUGGCAGAGAGUCUGAUAGCCAGAGAGGGGCAGAUCAAUGGGACCGGGAGGUGGGGUUUAGGCGUGGACGAGAAAUGUCACUCCACUGGGACAGAGACAGAGAGGCAGAGCUACAGUGGGAGAGGGAACGAGAGGCAGAAUAUUGGCAAAGAAGGACCACCAUGACGCCCUACGGGCCCCACGGUCAUGACUUACCAGCAUUUAACUUCGAUCCCCUGCCCGCCGGCCACCCAGCAUACCCCGAACCCUCCCGGUCCCACACUCACGCCCAUCUGGAUCUCAAAUACAGCAGCAGCUCCAGUGAAUACCAGACACCCCGCCAGGCAUGCCCUUGCUUCUCCUACCAGCCCUCACCUUCAGAGAGCCGUGGAUAUGCCUCAGGCUACCAGUCUGAAUCUACGUCGCCACUACCCCCUCCCUCUGGCUCCUGCCCUGGCCCAGUGCACCACACCAGUGGACCUACAGACAGCCAAACAGACACAAACACUCAGCAGUACACCUCUGACACAAAUACAGAUUUCAAUGGUGCAGAUGGCAUAGGCUGGCGCAGUCACAUCACCCAUGGUUCCUUAAGGCGGACACAUCCAGAUCCACGUGCUCCAUGUUCCACAACCUCUGAUAUUUCAGGACCUCCAACACCAGUCCACACUAGCAGUCCAUUGCGAACCCAGGAGAGCCCCAGUCUGAGUGUCCGUGAAUAUGACAUGAGAGAGAUGAACAGUGAAAAGAGUUCGGCCAACUCCCACAACAGAUCUUACCCACCUGCCCUGCAGUCCAACAGCACCAAUCACGUGCCUCAACAAACUGUACUUCCAUCCAAUCAAGAGAUCCCUCAGACACACCCCUUCCCUGCCACAGCCACCACCACCCAACAACUCUCCACCUAUUCCAUGCCUACAACAUCCCCAACACCACAAAUCCACACCACACCUGAACACUCUGCCCCUUUAUCACCCCCAUCAGAAUCAAGCCAAACACAAACUAACUGCUCGCCUACUGCUGCUACACCGCCACCCACAAGGGAAACGGUACCUAUGCCCCAGAGAGCCCAACCAGAGUCUGUUAAACCAGUAUCCUCACAUUCCGUUACUCCAACAACGCCACAGCCCUCCUCUCCCGUCCCUGUUAAGUCCAUCCCACCUCACCCGCAGACUAAUGGAGGGUCACCAUCUCCUGAACCAGACACCCCUAAACCUACUCCCUCUGCCCCUGCUUCCCCACAACGGCCUGUUGGUGAACACGAGAGCUCAUCCUCACCCGAACCCCCAGUACCUGGGUUCGCCACACUAGGCAGGAAGCUAAUGCUGGGCUCUGAAACUUCACAUCCUGCAGGACACAUGCAGGUGUGCACUAGUAUAGAGGGAAGCCCAAACUCCUCAUUGGGCAACUCCACACCCACUUUCCCUCUUGACCCAGCCUGCUGUACCCCAUCUCCUCCGCCAGGCUCCUACUUAGGGUGUCCAGCCAUCUCUGUCCCACAACCCCUUCCUGAGAAACGCCGUCCGUCCGGACUGAUAGGCUCACCCAAUGGGAGGUCCGGAACCUUGAGGGCAUCCAUGGGUCACCAACCCUCUGGACAGCACCAUGUUACAUUCUCGCCUUCAGUUGGAGAGCUGACUGUGCCUGCUGGACAGGGAGACGUCAGUGUGCAGGGUGAUAUGGGCAGCCCCGUCAGUGUGAAAUUUGUGCAGGACAGCUCACGAUUUUGGUAUAAACCAAGCAUCUCAAGAGAGCAAGCUAUAGCAGCACUGAAGGAAAGAGAGCCAGGGGCCUUCCUCAUCCGAGACAGUAACUCCUUCCAGGGGGCCUACGGUCUGGCCCUGAAAGUUGCCAGCCCGCCUCCCAACGUCAAUAACCACAGCAGCAAAGGGGGAGACCCUAUGGAACAGCUGGUUCGACAUUUCCUCAUUGAGAAAGGCCCUCGAGGAGUGAAGAUCAAGGGCUGUCACAAUGAACCCUACUUUGGGAGUCUUUCAGCACUUGUGUAUCAGCAUUCCAUUACUCCGAUCUCUCUGCCCUGUGCCCUCCGCAUCCCAGAGAAAGAUCCAAUAGGAGAAGUCCCUGAGGUUCAGCCAGUCAGUAAUAUGAGUACAGCCGCAGACCUCCUCAAACAGGGAGCUGCCUGCAAUGUGCUAUACCUGAACUCUGUAGAGACUGAGUCGUUGACAGGGCCCCAGGCUAUCGCUAAAGCCACUGGGGCCACAAUGUCACGCAACACUCGGACCUCUGCCACAGUGGUCCACUUUAAGGUGUCAGCCCAGGGCAUUACACUGACGGACAGCCAACGCAGGGUGUUCUUCAGGAGACAUUACCCCAUUAACAGCGUGACUUUCAGCAGUGUGGACCCACAGGACAGAAGGUGGACUAACUCAGACAGCACGACCUCUAUAGUAUUUGGUUUUGUUGCUAAGAAGCCCGGGAGUGUGGCAGAGAAUGUGUGCCACCUUUUUGCAGAGCUGGAUCCCGAACAGCCCGCUACUGCCAUUGUCAACUUCAUUAACAAAGUUAUGCUGGCACCACAGAGACGCUAGAGCCCCAGGGAGAAAAAAAGUGAUCUUCAGUUACACAACAGCGCCUGCCUAAAAUGGCUUUGUGCACUUUCUGUAAAACACAAAUGACAACAAAGUUCAAGGGCUUUGCAACUGCAUUUUACUGUCUAGCAACUUUUUGUUUGUCAUCUAAGACAAGGGCUUUACCAUUGACUAACAUGAUACCAAAACAAACGAAAAGCCAAAUAUUUCAGAAUGUAACAAUCUGAAGCAAACUGUUUGUUGAGGUCAAGCGGUUUUGCCUUUUGUUCAUUGGAUUGUAAUUGACUUUAUGAAAUAAAAUCACUCAUAGCACCAUGAUUGCUAAAGCAGCAGGGGGUUUCAGAAGAUAUCUAUAAGGCACUGUUAUUGACCCCCUGAAUAAAAAUAAACGUUAUGCACUCGGAAACAUAUACUGAACCUUGCACAGAGAUCAGUCUUUGCAGUACGACAAUCGAUCAACAGUUCAUGUACAUCACUUUCGUUCUUUAUUCACUGUAACUUUUAGGUCAUGUCCACACUAAUCCGUUUUCAGUUUCACAAUGUCAUUGUUUUCCAAAGUAUACAGUUAUAGAGUUUGUUUCGAUGGAGGGUAGUUCUAAUGUAGCUACAUUUAUGCGUUUCUAACAAAAACGUAGUAAUAGUUCUUGUUCACACCAAUCUGUUUUUGUUUGAAAACUCUGGAAUAAUGCCGUUAGGAAGCUAUAAACAAAGUAUUGUUUGAAGCUUCAACGCUUAUGAGUGUUUUCGAAAUGCUCCAAUUUUGGAGGACAAGGCCUCCAAAAUUGUGCAUGAGAAGUUUAAACGUAGCAAAAUGAAUGUGUUUUUAAUAAAAGCUUAUUAGUAGGUCACGUCCACAUCAAUCUGUUUGAAAACUCAAUUUAUAGUUUCCUAAUGCCAUCGUUUUUCCAAGGUAUGCUGUUACUGAGAGCGUUUUUGAAAUGCUCAGUUUUUGGUGGAGGGAAAACUAUUUUAAUGUGGAUGAGAGGCAUGAAUGUAGAGAAAUAAGUGCGUUUUCAGUCAAAAAAAAAAAAUAAAUAUUGGUAUGUCACAACCACAGUAAGCAAUUUUUGUAAAAUUCCAUUUUCAGUUUCCUAACCUCAUUGUUUUACAAAAUAUGCAUUUAUGGAGUUUCCAGUUCAUUUUCAGUUAAGGAAAAUGGCGUUCUAAUGAGGAUGAGAGGUUUAAACGUAGAUAAAUUCAUGCGUUUUCAAUAUAAAAAAACAUAUUAGUAUGCCACGUUCACUCACCGUAAACUCACUUCAGUUUCCCAACGUCACUGUUUUUCAAAGAAUGUGGCUGUGUAGUAUUUUCGAAUCGCUCCAUUUUCGGUUGAAGAAACGCCAAGAGAGUGUGGAUGAGAGACGUCAAUGUAGCAAAAUUAAUGUUUAUAAUCGAAAACUUUUAAUUUGGAAACUCCGUUUUCAGUUUCGUAAUGCCAUUGUUUUAAAAAGUAUGCGAUUAAGGGUGAGCUUUUAUUUUCAAACCGCGCCAUUUUCAGAGGGAAACGGUUCUAAUGUAGAUAGAGGCAUUAGUGUAGCUAAAUUAAUGUUUUCAAUCGAAAACGCAUUAGUAGGCCACAUAAACACUAAUCCGUUUGUGUUUGAAAUCUCAGGUUUCAAUUUCCUAAUGUUUUGCCUGGCAACGUCCACGCUAAUGUUUCAUUUGAAAAAAAAAAUAUAUAUAUAAUAAUUUACGUUUACGCCUUUCAUCCACACUAAAUGCCGUUUUCCUCUCCAGAAAAUGGUGUUUAGAAAACGAUGACAUUAAGAAACAGAAAAUAAUUUUCAAACGAAAACGGAUUAGUGUGGAUUAAUGGUUUACAACAUUACUGGUCAAACAAUGUUUUUUUUUUUUUAUUCAACAGCCAAUUUAAAAUGCUACUAGUCAAGUUUUAGUUUUUUAACCUUUUGACUGGAAAAGAGGUGCCAUGGUUUCUGAAUCUGGCCCGAAGAGUUAGCGAGCGAUAGGGGAAGUUUGAGAGUGUUUGAGAUGGAGGACCAGACAUGGCGGAGUCGUUAAUCUGAACAGUUAAUGUGCUGUGCUGGAGUUCCGGUGUAAAGAGAAUCAUUGCAAGUAUGUAGUAUAAUGUCAUAAUGAGGGCUGAUAGUCAUGUAAUUAUUUCACAGAGAGAGUUUGGUUGCCUUUAUAGUAGGAAGGAACAAAAUGUGUCUCCUUAUGUUAUGUAAUAUUUCGUACACUGUUCACAAAUAAAAUGCACCAUCCUCUUUCACACGUGACAUCCUUUAUGAAACAUAAGCUUGGUCAGAACGUCCCAUAUCAUGCUGUACUGUUGUGCCUGUCAUAUUGUGUAGUGGAACAUUAUAUUGGAAUGUAAUCAGUCUUUAAACUGAUCAAGACAGGUGGGGGAAGUUUCCAUCUUCAUAACGUUUCAGUCUGUAUUUCAUGUUCACAUAGAGGAAGAUUUAACAUUUCAAGAAGUUGUUUAUAACCAAAGACAAUGUAUUCAUAUGCUCUGUAUUCAAUUACGAUUUAAGCUGUGCCAUUUCUUUUCCAUACCUGUAUCAAGUUAUUGCUGUUUUUGACAGAUAGUAAGACACGUCUAUGACAACUUUAAUAUAUUGUAUUCUGUAUUUUCUUAUUGAUCUUUGUAUGUAGUAAUAUAUUUUCUCACAUGCAGCUGACUUGGAAAGUAAUAAUAAAAAAAGACUACAUGGAAGGACAUUGAUAAAAAAAAAAAAUGAUGUUUUUUUAUAUUACCAUUUGCUAUUUUUUCAGUGUAUUCACAAAUUAUAAAUAUAAUAAAGAAAUGUAAAGUCAUGGUACAAAA